AUUGAUGGAACAUCACAAAGACUUCAUCCCACUACUUCUACAAAUUCUCAGCUGUAAAAUGCAUCUCUCCUCUAGAUGAUCUUUGUUCCACAGCCAAUCGUAGAGUCCAGAGAAGAACACAUGGAUAUGCAGCAGUUCUCAGUGUGUCAAGAAGAAAUUUUCCCUGAGAAGUGUGGGAGUGGGCACCUCGACAUGGAGAAUAUUAAGGAGGAACAAGAGAAGUUCUGGUCAAAUAAGGAGGAACAGCAAUUUCACCAGCUGAAGGAGUCUGGUAUCAUUAAGGUUCCUUUGAUUCUUGUCCCUAUCAAGAGUGAAAAUGAAGAAACACCAGUGUUUUCACAGCUUUAUCGAAGCCAAUCUAAUGAGAGCGCACAGGCAGACUCUCCAGCGAGGAGCUCAUUUGCAUACAGAAUGCUACAAGCACAAGCUGAUGGAGAGGACAGUAGAAGACCAGAACCAUACAACAACUCGGGCCCAUAUAGUGAUGGCAAGAAUUCAGAUAUUUCUGAAACUGAGACUGAUGACAGUUUUGAAUGGUAUCCAACACUGAACAUUUGUUCAGGUUUAAACCUUUUACAAAAUGGUGAUAUCUGUGUGAGCAGUGCGCAAAAACAACUGGAUUACUCUGAAUCUGGAAAAGCAUUUUUUUACAAGACGUAUUUAAAUCAACACAAGAGUGAGAAGUCACUUGAGAUCCUUGAGCAUGGUAAAAGGUGGAGGCAAAAUGACAAUGAGAAAGUUCUCCCCACAAGUCAUACAGGUGAGAAGCCAUUUGUCUGUUCUGAGUGUGGCAAAAUGUUUGGACACAGGUGCUAUCUCAAAGCACAUAUGAGAAUUCAUACAGGAGAGAAACCAUUUGUUUGCUCUGAGUGUAGAAAAACGUUUGGUCUGAAGAGCCAUCUUGAUGUGCAUAUGAGAAUUCAUACAGGAGAGAAACCGUUUACAUGUUCUGAGUGUGGUGAAAGGUUUGGAAGAAAGGGAAUUCUGAAAAUACAUAAGAGAACUCAUACAGGAGAAAAACCAUUUGCCUGUUCUGAGUGUGGUGAAAGAUUUGCAAGAAGGGACAAUCUAAAUGUGCACAUACGAAUUCAUACAGGAGAGAAACCAUUUGGCUGUUCCGAAUGUGGUAGACGAUUUCGACAAAAGAGUAAUCUUAAUGUACACAUGAAAAGGCAUAAAGAUAACGAAAGACGAAAGAAGCCAUAUGGCUGUUCCGAGUGUGGCAAAUGUUUUAGACAAAAAGGCCGUUUUAAUGCACACAUGAAAAAGCAUAGAAGCCCAAAUCUGUUUGAUUGUCCUGAGUAUGGUGAAACAUUUAGAAGAAAGGGCAAACUGAACAAACGCAUGAGAAAUAAUACAGUACUUGACUGUUCUGAAUGUGGUAAAAGAUUUGGAAGACAGCACAGUUUGAACAGACACAUGAUGAUUCAUGCAGGAGAAAAACCAUUUCACUGUUCUGAGUGCACAGAAAGGUUUGCAUUUAAAGGCAAUCUUAAAGUACACAUGAGAAUGCAUACAGGAGAGAAACCGUUUACCUGUUCCGACUGUGGAAAAAGGUUUGGAAGAAAAGGAAUUUUGAACGUACAUAAGAGAACUCAUACAGGAGAAAAACCAUUUGCCUGUUUUGACUGUGGUGAAAGAUUUGGGAGAAAGGACAAUCUAAAUGUGCAUUUUAGAAUUCAUACUGGAGAGAAACCAUUUGGCUGUACCGAAUGUGGUAAAAGAUUUCGGCAAAAGAGUAAUCUUAAUGCACAUGUGAAAAGGCAUAAAGUGAGUAUGGAGAUGAGUAGGGAUGGGUAUUGAUGAGAUUUAAUUGAUAUUGG